GAAUGCCUUAUGCAAAUCAACCUCAAGUGACUAUUUUACAAUUAAGCAAUGAAUUGGUUCGCUUCUGUCUGGAAGAUACUGAUUUGAGUGUAGCAAAUUCUCUUCGACGUGUUUUCUUGGCUGAAGUACCUAUAAUGGCAAUUGAUUGGGUUCAAAUAGAACAAAAUACUUCUGUUCUUCAUGAUGAGUUUAUUGCUAAUCGAAUGGGAAUGAUUCCUUUAACUUCUGAUGGAAUUGUGGACAGAAUGCACUAUACAAGAGAUUGUACUUGUUCCGAGUUUUGUUCCAAUUGCUCUGUCCAAUUUGAAUUGAAUGUUCGAUGUGAUGAGGAUACGACCAGAGCUGUUACUUCUGAUGAUUUGGAGUCCAAUAACAUUGAGGUUGUUCCGGCUUGUGGUUCUCAUGCAAAUCGCGAUACUCUUGAAAUGGAUGGAAUUUCUGAUGAAAUCUUGAUUGUUAAGCUUCGAAAAGGGCAAGCCAUUUCAAUGCGUUGUUUUGCCAAAAAAGGAUUUGGAAAAGAACAUGCCAAAUGGAAUCCUUGUUCGUCCGUUGCUUUUGAAUAUGAUCCAGACAAUGCUCUUCGUCACACAGUUUUAGCAAAACCGGAAGAAUGGCCAAAAAGCGAAUUUAGCGAAUUAUUAAAUGAAGAAGAUCAACGAGAGGCUCCAUAUCGCCCAAUGGACAAACCAAGGAAAUUUUGGAUUAGUGUGGAAAGUGCUGGGGCUUUGAAGGCAGAAAAUAUUAUUUUGAGUGGAAUUCAAGCUUUAAAGAAGAAAUUGGUGGAUUUGCAGCAACAAUUGACAAUUGAGAGGAAUGCUCCUGAAUUUUAUUGA